GCCGCCCUGCAGGCAACGAUGUGCCCGACUGUAGGACCGCCUCUAGUCCCUGGGGACAAAGCCUCUUCUCGCGCCUUCUCUGUCACCUCAACCCCAAUCCUUCGGACCUGGAGAACCGCUCAAAGAACCGCUAUGAAAACACAGGAAGUCCCGCCUUCACCCAGUGAGCCCACCACCCCCCCCCGGAAAUGUCGAAAUUCUGGGUGUUCAUUGGGUGUUCUCCGCUGCCGCUCAACGCUUAGCUUUCUGGAUAAUGGAGUUCGAAUAGGCACAAGCCUGCAGCCUGAGAGCUUCUGCUUGAAUCUACCAGGGUCAGGCAAUCCUCUAGGCUGCUCAAAAUUGACUUCCCUGUUCUUCCAGGAAUGCAGAUGUAUACCAAGAGCUAUAGUAUCCAGAAAAGGAAACUACAGAAAUCAGUGGAGAUCCCACCGGUCAGCCGCGCCUACACCACCGCCUGCGUCCUCACCACCGCCGCUGUGCAGUUGGAACUGAUCACACCUUUUCAGUUGUACUUCAAUCCUGAAUUAAUCUUUAAACACUUUCAAAUAUGGAGGUUAAUCACCAAUUUCUUAUUUUUUGGGCCAGUUGGAUUCAAUUUUUUAUUUAACAUGAUUUUUCUAUAUCGUUACUGUCGAAUGCUAGAAGAAGGCUCUUUCCGAGGUCGGACAGCAGACUUUGUAUCUAUGUUCCUUUUUGGUGGAUUCUUAAUGACUCUUUUUGGUUUGUUUGUGAGCUUAGUUUUCUUGGGCCAGGCCUUUACAAUAAUGCUUGUCUACGUGUGGAGCCGGAGGAACCCAUACGUCCGCAUGAACUUCUUCGGCCUUCUGAAUUUCCAGGCCC